UAUUUUACAUAUUUUUUAAAAUUUUUCUUAUAAAUAUUAAAUAAUAUACGUAAAUAAUCUAUAUCUCUGUACUAAGUUAUAGCUAUGGAUAAUUCAGAAAAUCAGUUUAUCAAAGUAGGAUCUUUGGAAGAGGAAGCUAAAAAACGCAAGGAACGAUUGGCAAGUUUAAAAAAGUCGUUAGAAAUAAAAAAUGAUGCGAAUUUCACCAAUGAUACCAUAGAAAAACCAUUACCAAAACCUAAGUUUAAAAGUUAUAUCCCAGAAGAUGAAGGACUCAAAGCAGAACUUAUACCUACUCCUCAACCUGGUGAUAUUGUUGCGGAAGUUGAAGAUCAAUUAAAAGCUGGAGAAACAGUUUUUACAGUUCAAGAAUUGGAUUUAAAUACACUGGCACCCAGAAAACCAGAUUGGGAUUUGAAAAGAGACAUUGAAAAAAGGAUGGCAAAACUAGAGAGGCGAACACAAAGAGCAAUUGCUGAAUUAAUACGAGAAAGGCUAAAAGGAGAACAAAAUUUAGAUUUAGCAUCUGCUGUAAAUGAAGGUGCCAGAGCAAAUGCUCAAAUUGAUAUAGAAGAAGAGUAAUAUUAUCUUAUUUUUAAUUUUUUAAUAUCUUAUGUAUGAAAUUUUAGAAUUUGUAUGAAUGUACAUAUUAUAAUAAUGUUACUUUAGUAACAUAUUUCCAUUUAUAUUCAAUUGUUAUUUACUUUAAAAAUAAUAAAUUCAUCAAAAUCAUUAA